AUGGAAAGCGAUCGUGGGCUUCCGGCAAGCGACGCGCCGCGACCGCCUCCAGAAUAUCAAGCGAAGCCUGAUUUCUAUCGUGUGGGCUACGAUUACGAGAUCUCAACGCACCUCACGAGUAGAGGAUCGCCGUCGUCGAGAGCGGGAGUAGGAAUCAACGAAGAACUUCACCGAGGAAGUGGGGACGAUGAGGGAACAGGAAGGCGACGGCCCAGAGAGCCGUUAGCCGGACUCGAUGGACGAGUAUGGCGGGCCGGCGGCGCCGCCCCGGCCGCCCAAGCCGGCGGCGCGAGUGCACCGUUCCGGAGCGGGCGCGGGCGCGGGCGGGGCCACGAGCAGCUCUGCGCGACAACCCGUGUCGCUGCUGCGGCCGCGGCCCCAAGCGGAGCGCGAGCGCAACGCGUACGUGGAGGCGCCACGGCGGGCGUCCCCGCACGGCCGCGCUCACGCCUCGCACGCCGCGGCACAGCCGCUCAAGCCGGUGACGGCGCAGCCGGCCUCCGCCGCCGCCGACAAACGCCGGGCGGCAGCCCUCGCCGCCGACUCCAUAGUCUGCGAGAACUGCGGACGCUGUCGCUGCGACCAGUGCGCGAGGCCCCGGCCGCUGCCCUCAAGGUGGCUCUGCGGCUCGUGCUUGUGCAGCGCGGAGGCUUGCGUGGACUACGCGUCGUGCAUGUGCUGCGCGAAGGCGCUCUUCUACCACUGCGGGAGCGGCGAGGACGAGGCGGCGGAGCCAUGCGCGGGCGGGCCGCGGCUGGCUUGCGUGGCCGCGCUGUCCCUGCCACUGCCGUGCCUGUGGCUGUACUGGCCGCUGCGGGCGUGCGCGGCGGCGGGCGCGGCCGCGUACGCGCGCUGUCGCCGCUCCGGCUGCCGCUGCCCCGAGCGGCCACCGCUCUCCAGUAUUAUCUAGUCCCGCCGCGAGCCCCCCGCCGCGGCGCCCGCGUUGUACAAAUAUUUAUUGGCGAGCGAAGGCUCGGGCCGCGCGGGGCCGGACUCAGUGAAGUGCGUGUGAAGUGA